AUGGCGUCGACGGUUACGUCCGACUCGAUCGUGGUGGAGCGGCGCAUCGGGCACAUCCACAAAUACCACUGGCCGGCCAUCCAGCUCAAUUUCUGGAUGCUGAUCAUGCUCAUCGCCGCGUGUACCAUCAUCGGCAUCUUUGCGAAUUUCAUCCAGAUCCAGCAGACCCUGCUGUUGCCAAUACCAUGGUACUUCCCCUACUUCAUAACGGUCGGCUGCCUGUCGGUGGGCUUCGUGCUCCUCCUCCUCUGGCUCAUCUUCCAACGUCGGCUCCUCCCGUCCAUCGUCAUGAUCGGCGGGUUCGUCAUGUUCGUGCUCUGGCUGGUGGGGCUGAUCGUGGUGUCGAUCCAGCUCUGGGGACCGUCGGGCUCCGUGUCGAGCAGCUGCAACCUCGCCGUGUUCAACCACCACCCAAAGGGCCAGGAACUCGAAACCCUCGCGUGGCUCGCGCAGAGGUCCAUCUGCCAGAGCUGGCAGGCCGUGUUCUCGCUUGGUCUGGUGGGGGGCAUAUUCUUGCUGUGGAUCAUGGUUAUGGCUUAUCAGGUGUUUGCGGAGGAUGCGUGA